AUGCAGUCGUGCCUCGGUAGUCAAUGCGCAAGACGUUGCGCUGCUGUGACAGCUGCCCUUGCCGGUAGCUAUCCGGUGCUCGCCCGCGCGUACAGUGUGCCAACCUACACUGUGAACUCCUCCACCCUGUCAGACCAGCGUGGACACAAGCCAGAUUCUUCGUCGAGCAUCUCAACAAGCAAGGCACACCACAAAGGUGAGGAUGGCGAUAGCAGCAGUGACAGCGAAAGGUUUCCCGCCUUCACGCAGUUAGACCUGAAGAACCCACCGCAGAUGCCCUCGCCCACCUCCUACGCAACAUAUGAGGAGUACCUCGAUGCGUACGAUCACUACUUGAAGGACACGGAUCGCUUUACCGCUGCCGCCCGUGUGUUUGUGCAAACGCGCUUUCAGAAGCUGCGCGCGAUGCAGGCGAGCAUGGCGCACGUGGUCCGUCGCGAGUACCUGUGGACGUUUGCUCCUAUGCUCUUCUGUCUGGCGGUGUUCAUCGUCGAUCGCAGCAACCACAGCGCCGCGGCCUUCACCCACCGGGUCAUCAAGGAGCGCACGAAAUUGCAGGUAAAGCACGUGAAGUGGGAAUCGCUCUGA